AUGUUUCCUUUAGUGUUCUCCGACGUACGAAGUGAAGUUCCGAACACACACGAUAGAGCUAGAUUACCCUCCAUAAUGAAGCGACGUCUAGAUCUUCAUGAAAAACGCCACCUUCUUCAUCCCGAUGAUGAGGUGUUCGAGGAAACUUUUGUGCUUGACCCAUUAUCUCCCCUUCCGCCUGAACGUCGACCAUCACAUAAACAGUCCGAAGAUGUCUUCGUAGAACCUGAGCACAAAAAACGAAGAAGGCGGGGGAGACGUCGAUCCGGAAGCUUCACGGGAGGUGUAUGGCCAAGAAAAGGUGUUAGGUCGUUACUCGGAUACGCUAUUCCACCCCCAAAUGUACAUUCUACUGAUUGGAGGGAUAUGUUGGCGAUCACAGAAACCCAGGAUUCGGCACGGGAGAAAGGAAGUGAGGCAAACUCGAGGAAGGUCAGCGAGCCCCACGCUGAAGUAUUUCCGCCCUUGCCGCCCUUGUUUAGUCAGAUGCGAUUUUCCGAGUCCGAUCUGUCACUCAACAGAGCUCACUGGAUCACGGAGACUUUUACCCGGCGAGAAUGCGCAAAAUUUGUUCCAACCAAUAAAUACCCUGAAAAAUGCGGUUGUGGUCGUCUUCGAUCUGCGCACAUCGAUAUUCCUUCGCUGACCAGUUCGUUUCUUAACCAUCGUGGUGGUGAUUUACUGAACAAGAAGAGAGAUCCUGGCAGCGAUCAGAAUGCGGCUGAAGAAAAUGAAGCGCCGCGACAUCGUGGCCGACGAACCGGUAAGCUUGGUGAACGAUGGAGCUUGAAAAAACAUACCAUCUCCCUACCUACGAAUGCCUUCGGAACGAUAGAGUUCCAAGGUGGGCCUCAUCCACACAAAGCACAAUAUGUUCGUCUAGGAUUCGAUACUGAUCCUGCAUUGAUCAUGUCCAUUUUUGAGGAGAUAUGGGAGAUUUCUCCUCCGAAGUUAAUUAUUACUGUUCACGGAGGCACCAAUAAUUUCGACCUACAACCAAAACUAGCCCGAGUAUUCCGCAAAGGUUUGUUAAAAGCAGCAAUGACGACCGGGGCGUGGAUUAUUACCAGUGGGGUGGACACAGGUGUGGUACGUCAUGUGGCUGCAGCAUUUGAAGGUGCCAGCUCCAGCUCUCGGAAUAAAGUGGUGUGUAUUGGAAUAUCGCCAUGGGGGCUGCUGAAAAAGAGGGACGAAUUGAUUGGCGAGGACGUGUGCGUACCGUAUUAUCCGUUCUCUAGCAAAACCAGAUUCACCACAUUAAAUAACCGACACUCAUACUUCCUUCUUGCGGAUAACGGCAGUGUUGGGAGGUAUGGAGCUGAAGUUAUUCUCCGGAAGCGCCUAGAAACCUACAUUGCUCAGAAACAAAAGAUCUCAGGUGGUUCAAGAAGUGUCCCUGUGGUCUGCGUGGUACUGGAAGGAGGCAGUUGUACUAUACGAUCUGUGCUGGAUUAUGUUACAAAUGUACCACGUGUGCCAGUAGUUGUUUGUGAUGGCAGUGGGCGAGCAGCGGAUUUGCUGGCGUUCGCUCACCAAACCGUCAGAGAAGAUGGCUCUUUACCCGAUGGUGUUCGUCCACAAUUGGCCGAGUUAGUUCAGCGUGUUUUUGAUUGUGGAGGUCCGACAGCUGACAAAGUAGUGACUGAGCUGAUCAUGUGUACGCAGCAAAAACAUCUGAUGACGGUAUUUCGGUUGGGUGAGAAAGGUGGACAAGACGUUGAUCACGCCAUCCUCAGUGCUCUUUUAAAGGGUCAAAAUCUGUCUCCUGCUGAUCAGCUAGCUCUUGCCCUGGCGUGGAGCCGUGUUGACAUAGCUCGUUCUGAUAUUUUCACAUCAGGACAGGAGUGGCCACAGUCCGCGCUGCACAGUGCGAUGAUGGAAGCACUCAUAAAUGAUAGAGUCGAUUUCGUACGAUUACUGCUAGAAAACGGUGUAAACAUGCAACGAUUCCUCACCAUAAGUCGUUUAGAAGAUCUCUACAAUACGGAUAAAGGACCACCGAAUACUCUGUACUAUAUUAUUAGGGAUGUUGUGAAAGUGCGGCAAGGAUACCGAUACAAAUUGCCUCAUAUCGGUCUAGUUAUCGAAAAAUUGAUGGGAAAUGCUUACAAAUCAUCGUACACCACUUCCGAGUUUCGAUCUAAGUACAGCGCUUUUAUGAAGAAAUUCAAGGUCAAAUGUAGUGCCGGAAGAUUGAGCGGUCAGCCGAUUUGUAGCAGCGCAGGUGGAUUCACUGCUCCAGUACAAGCGGAGCCGAUUGCAGAGGGUGUUGCGGCAGCCAGCGGAAGUCGUGCAUUGUCCAAUCAUAUUCUUUGGCGAUCUGCUUUCAGGCGAGAUAAUCCAAUGGUGAUGCGACCGACAAACAUAGGCGAUUCACGUGAAUGUUGCAGCGAGUUUGAUGAUGAUCUUUCUAAUACGGGUGGCUCGGAUUACAAUCGUUUGAAAGAGUAUGAGUUCCGGUAUCCAUUCAGUGAGCUGCUACUGUGGGCAGUGUUAACUAAAAGACAAGAAAUGGCUAUGUGUCUUUGGCAACAUGGCGAGGAGGCACUAGCUAAGGCUCUUGUUGCAUGUCGUCUGUACAAGAGUUUAGCCACUGAAGCUGCUGAAGAUUAUCUGGAAGUGGAGAUUUGUGAUGAGCUGAGAAAGUAUGCUGAAGAAUUCCGAGUACUUUCCCUUGAGCUGCUCGAACACUGUUAUCAUCAAGACGAUGCUCAAACGCUCCAGUUGUUAACCUACGAACUUUCCAAUUGGGGUUGUCAGACUUGUCUUUCUCUUGCUGUUAUGGUCAACAAUAAGCAGUUCCUAGCACAUCCAUGUUGCCAGAUCUUAUUGGCUGAUCUGUGGCACGGAGGUUUGCGAAUUCGAAGUCAUUCUAACCUGAAAGUUUUAUGCGGACUGCUUUUUCCGUUCUCUAUUUUUAUGUUGGAAUUUAAAACGAGGGAAGAACUUCUCAAGCAACCUCAGACAGCGGCGGAACAUGAACAAGAUCUGAACGAAAGCAGCAGUUCGUCAAGCUCCAGUUCGAGCUCGUCCGAUGAUUCAAGCUCAAGCAGCUUUGACGAUGAAGAGGAAGAGGAAAAAGGAGAUAUCGAAAAGGAACAAAAAAGAAGCCGUCGCGUUUCACAUGGCAGCGUGCAGUCGCUUAACAUCACAUCUCUUUUUCACAGUCGAAGACGAAGGAAGCAUGCUAAGGACGGACGAGAGACAGAUGCGAGUGAAGCAGGGAAGCCGGAUCGACCUGAGUACGGUACGUUCCGAGUUUCAUCGAUUGUGGGAUCUUCGCCAACACCACCGCCUUAUGGCAGUAAAAAACUACGUUCACGACUCCCGUCCUACCGCCUCAAUGGAGUUGUCCCUUUUGAUGGAAUCCGGAAGAAUUCUAUCUAUGGUUCUGCAAACGGAUUGGCUAGAAAUCGUGGAUCUGUUGCUGUGACGAAGCAAAGUGACGACCCUUUCAACAAUCGGCCAGGAUUUCUGAUGACAGUAGGAGCCAAUUUACCUCGAAUGCGACCAAUCAAAAUUCGUCGACGAUUAUACGAGUUUUAUGCGGCGCCGAUCACUACCUUCUGGGCGUGGACAUUGUCGUUCUGCUUGUUUUUAUGUGCUCUCACUUAUGUUCUUCUCAUCCGUACUCCUCCUGAACCGUCCUGGUUGGAGUGGUUGCUGUUCGCGUAUGUAAUAGCUUUUGGAAUAGAGCACUUUAGGAAGUUUUUGAUGUCGGAAAUGGAGCCUAUAGGACAAAAAUUCAAAUAUUUCUUCUACAACUACUGGAAUACUGUAACUACGGUGGCAGUCGUAUCAUAUAUAGUUGGUUUCGGUAUGCGAACUUUUGGUGUGAGAGAAACUGGACGUGUUGUUUUGGCGUGUAAUUCCGUUUUAUGGACAAUGAAACUUCUUGAUUACAUGAGCGUCCAUCCACGACUAGGUCCUUAUAUCACGAUGGCUGGCAAGAUGAUUUUAAAUAUGUCAUACAUAAUAGUGAUGCUGGUUGUGUCUCUACUAGCGUUUGGCCUUGCCCGUCAGUCAAUUACGUAUCCUAAUGAGGACUGGCACUGGUUAUUGGUCCGAAACCUUUUCUAUAAACCAUAUUUUAUGCUAUAUGGUGAGGUAUAUGCUGAUGAAAUCGACACAUGUGGUGAUGAAGCAUGGGAUUCGCAUCUUGAGAAAGGUGUGCCAAUAACAAAUAGCACUUCCGGCUCCACUUGUGUACCUGGAUAUUGGAUUCCACCUGUGUUGAUGACGUUUUUUCUAUUGGUCGCCAACAUCUUGCUUAUGAGCAUGUUAAUUGCAAUAUUUAAUCAUAUUUUCGACCAAACCGACGAAAUUGCUCAACAAAUUUGGCUUUUCCAGCGAUACCGCCAGGUGAUGGAAUACGAGAGCACUCCAUUUGUACCUCCGCCAUUCACUCCUCUGUCACAUGCGGUAUUGGUGGUUCGCUAUGUGAAAUGGAAACUUUGCACCACUCGAGACGAAAAAGAUCCAGAUGGAAAUCGUCAGAAGAAACUGUUUGAUUUCAGCCUCAAACUUUUCCUUAACGCCGACCAAGUGGAAAAAUUGCACGAUUUCGAAGAAGAUUGCAUGGAUGAUUUAGCCAGAGCAAAAGAGCACCGUCAGCGAACCAGCAACGAGGAUCGAAUACUGCGUACUGCUGAACGAACCGAUCUAAUUCUCAACCGAUUAAAUGAUAUUGCUCUGAAAGAGGUGAACACAAGAGAAACUGUUACCGAGUUGGACAACAGGCUGAUCGCUAUCGAGAAAACUCAAAUUCUCGACUGCCUUCGUACGUUUAUGUCCGCUCAUAUUCCUGCUUCUCCUGUUCCUGAAAAUCGCACGUACUUUGAACCUGUCCUUGUUGUAUCGGACACAGGUUCUGCAGAGGGUCUCGCCCCAUUGGCUCCUGUACAACGUAGGCAGCGUACGAAUACAGUGUGUGGCACCGGUCAACAAGGCUCCACCGACGAUCCGACGCUAUUGUCUCCCCGACCAUACGAUAGAAAAUGCGGAAGCAUGCUGUCCCUUGAUCCACCUCUGCCAACACCGUCAAAAAUUAGUAAUGUGCGGCGACGUCAUGAGGAAUACACAACGAUCACGGAUUCGAUUUCCAUUCACCGAAAUGAUAGAGGUUUGAGACAAGGACGUUCUCAUUCUACUGAUCAUCAGGAUUCUGCACCUCACAGCGAGGACGAAGCUGAAUCACACGAUGAAAGAGAGUCAUUAUCACGGCAAAAAAGAUCUGCUGACAGAAGAACGAUGGAUGAUGCGGAACACUCACGAUUAAUUGAAGAAGAAGAAUUGGCGGAUUGUGAAUUGACUGACGUUAUUUCCGAUGUUGACGAUGGUGAAGUUCAUAUAACUGAAGAAGAGCAUGAAUUGGAUCUUCACGAUAGCUUCGAUGACUCAAAGGGUGGUAUCACUUUCUCUGUAGUAAAUGAGCAGGAAUCUCCUCACCUCCAAAGUCCCUCCUCAAGCGCUGCAUAG